GAAAAUAACGCAGCGAGAAAUCGGCUCUGCGGACUGGAAUGUCCCGGGGCUGGGAUCGGAAGGGAUGAUGAUGGCUAAAAUGCUACCGGUGCGUCUAUCGCACCCCAGCAUCAUGGUCAAGCAAGAGCCGGAUGAUGACUCAGACACGGACGAGCCCAACUUACUGCUUAAGAAGUCGGACAGCUCCGAGGCGCAGAUCAUCCACAGCGGCCACUUCAUGGUGUCCUCCCCGCACAGCGAGCACCCGCCCAAGAAAGGAUACGAUUUCGACACCGUAAACGAACAGGCCUGCCAGACGUACAGCUUCGGCAAGACCAGCUCUUGUCACCUGUCCAUAGACGCGUCUCUCACCAAGCUGCUGGAAUGCAUGACCCUGGCAUACAGUGGGAAGCUGGUGUCCCCCAAAUGGAAGAACUUCAAGGGCCUGAAGCUUCAGUGGAGAGAUAAAAUCCGUCUAAAUAAUGCUAUUUGGCGUGCUUGGUAUUUGCAGUAUAUAGAAAAACGGAAGAAUCCUGUGUGCAACUUUGUAACCCCUCUGGAUGCAUCAGUAUAUUUUGAAGAGCACAGACGGCCUGAGGCCAUUGCCACCGAUGGAAAGUAUUGGAAAAGAAGAAUUGAAAUUGUGGUCAGAGAAUAUCAUAAGUGGAGAACAUAUUUCAAGAAAAGGUUGCAGAAGCACAAAGAUGAAGAUCUUUCCAGCUUGGUUAAAGAUGAUGAUAUUGUUCCGUGGAAGAGCACCGUGGAUGGCAGGGAUACCCCGGUACCGAUGGAGGAGGAGCCUCUUCUUGAUAUGGAAAUGCUUAUGGCUGAAAUCAGUGACACUUUAUUUUCUACUAUUUAUUCACAUCAGCACAACCCAAAAGAGAUAGCGCAUGCUGGCAAUGCGGAUAUGAUCCAACCAGAGCUUUUUCCACUGCAACCCAACUUAGAUUUGAUGGAUACAUUUGAAUCCUUUCAAGAUAUUUUCUCUUCUAGUCGUCUUCCUUCUGGAGGCUUUUUUAAUUCCACCUCUAAUGUUUCUGCCGUCCCACUGUCUGAUGCACCAUUACGUCCUUGUAGCCCUGUAUCUCAGACUUCUGCCCUACCAAGCAGCACGCUUGCACCUGUAAACUUAGAUGAGGAGUUAAUCCCUUCCCCUGGUCCUCCAUCCAUCGUCCCAGUACGAGAAGUGAGAAGAGAGAGAGCAGCCAGUGUGGGUAGCCUUUCUACCUCUCAGGGGCCAGUCAAGUUUAACUCAGAGACAUCUAUAAGCAGCCAGCAUGGAUUUGUCCCAGUGUUUCCUCCUCCAGUGCCGCUCUUCCAGACCCCUGCUGCUUCGCCAAAUGUGCCUCCAGCGCCCUCUCUGGAUUCUUUACCUACAUUCAUUACCAAGGAUGGAAAUAAAUUUCCACUCUGCAACACCUCGGUUAUUACACAUACUGCCUCGCCAACGCUUACCCAUAAUCCUUCUGCAACAACCUUUAGCCAGAGCCAGAACCUCAUUCUUACCACGCAGCAACAAGUGCCUUGUAACAUUUCAAUACAGACUGCAGGGAUUCCUCAACAAACUGCCGCCCAACCCCACACGUACAUUGCUAUCUCCAAACCUGGAGCCAAGCAGAAAGCGACGUCUCAAAAAAUUGUGCCUGUUAUUCAGUCAGAGACUGUAUCUUUAGUUUUUGCUCCUGCUCCCUUCCCAGGACAAGCUCAAGCUGUGAUAAUGUCACCUGCACCCCUUAAGGCCGAUACUGUGCUGGCUCCAAGGAUUACUCAACCCAACGUCGUUAUUGCUCCUGCUGCAAUCGCUGCUACCCCAGCAGUUCCAGAGUUCCAUGGCAGUAUCCUUGUUGGUCCAGCUCAGCAAACUCAGGGCAGCCAGAUAUCCCAGCCUAUGGUGCCUCGCAUUUUCCCCAGUCCAUCUUCGGAGUGUUUGGUUAAGAGAGAGAAAACACCAUCACAGAGCUGCAGCACAGCCCCUUCUCCUUCAUCCUGCCGAGACUAUCACAAUUCAAGGCAGGGAUCCCCAUGUGCAUCUGAACAUAGCCUCAGCCCCCCACAAAGCUCAGGAAAAGCCUCAAGCGACUCUCAAAUUGUUACAAUAAAGAAUCAAAGAUUAAAGCAUAUUUCUGCAGAACAGAAGCGAAGGUUUAAUAUAAAGACUGCAUUCAGCACACUGAACAAUAUUGUAUCAUCCAACACAAAACCGAUCAGUCAUGCAAUCACACUACAGAAGACAGUAGACUAUAUUGCCAAACUGCAGCAAGAAAGGGCCCAGAUUCUGGAGGAAACAAGGCGACUCAGGGAAGAGGUGGAAGAGCUGAAUCUUGCUAUCAGCUCUUGUCAGCAGCUGCUCCCAGCGACUGGGGUGCCAAUAACACCGCAGAGUUCACUGCACAUGAGAGAUUUUUUCGACAAAUAUGUAAAGAGCAGAACCCUUCAGAAUUGGAAGUUUUGGAUUUUCAGCAUAAUCAUUAAACCAUUGUUUGAGUCCUUCAACGACAUGGUGUCCACAGCGAGCUUAGAGGAGAUGUGCAGCUCUACCAAGGAGUGGCUGGAUAUGCACUGUUCUCUCCGUGCUUUGAGGCCCAUGGUGUUGCAUACACUUCGUCAGCUGAGUACAACUACAUCAAUCCUGACAGAUCCAAUGAGGCUGCCUGAGCAAGCCAAGCAGGCUGUUAGCAAGGACAGUAAAGGUGGAGGAGAGACAUAAGUAAUGAACAUGCUGCAGAGGGAUUCUCAUGUGUGUUGGAGAAGGGCUUGUGUUGUUCCACUGCUCCAGGAAUGCCACCUCUAACACUCCACCCUUGUCGGAUACAAGUGGCAUGUCCAGCCUUCAGACAAGUUCAUGGCUUUCAGGGAAUUCUCAAUUCUUCUGGAGCUGCAAAGCGUCACCUUUGUGAAAGGCAGAAAGAAAAACCCAGAUAUUUUCAGCACAAAUAACCUCGAUAUAUAUAAGCUUGAUCUAAUUCUAAAUUACAGAAAUAAAAUAAAGGGAAUUACAUUUCUAUGAAAAA